CACAAAAGCGCCGGGCGCUGCGGGCCAAUAUAGCGCAUGCGCCCUGCCCGCGGACUGGCAGCAAGAGAGAGGGAGAGAGAGAGGGAGAGCGAGAGAGCGACGGCGGCAGGCAGGCAGGCAGGCAAUAUGGCGAGAAUGCCUGGCAGCGGCGGGGACUGGAACCCGGGCAGCGCGGGCGCCGAGAACAAUGGGGAGCGGGGCGGCGAGGGCGAGCGCGGACGCCGGGGCCAGCAGCAGCAGCAGCAGCAGCAGCAGCAGCAGCAGCAGCAGCAGCUGCACGGCCGGCCGCACUAUUGCAGCGCGGGCGAGGAAGAAGAGGAGGAGGAGGAGGAGGAGGAGGAGGAGGACGAGAUCCAGGAGGUGCAGAUAACGGGGGACGAGGAGGAGGAGGAGGAGGAGGAAGAGGACGGAGGUGGGGGGCUGGAGGAGGAGGAGGAGGAGGAGGAGGAAGAGAUGGGGCUGGACUGGGACGACGGCUCCCCGGAGCCCCAGGAGGACUCGGCGGGAGAGGACCUGGCGCCCGAGCCGGUGCACAGGAUCCAGAUGGACCCGAGCGCCCCGCUGGAGCCCGAGGCGCCGCCGCGCUUGCUGGCGCCCCGGGCUCGCGGGGGGCCGCGGCGGGCGUCCCCCCGGCCGCAGGGGGGGCCCGGGGCCGCCUUGGCCGCCGCCUUGCCGGAGCCCGACCCCGACCGCGACCCCGACGGGCUGCUGCAGCUGCCGCGGCCCGAGCGGGCCCGGCUGAGCGAGAACACGCGGCUGGCCACCCGCUACGCCGUGCGCAUCUUCCGCGAGUACCUGAGCGAGAAGGCGCAGAGCCCCGACUUCGAGAGCCUGGACAAGGGGGCGCUGUGCCGCGUGCUGCGCUCCUUCUACGCCGAGGCCCGCUCCAAGAGCGGCCAGCUGUACAGCAAGUCGUCGCUCAUCAGCAUCCGCAGCUCGCUCAACCGCUACCUCAACGAGCCGCCCUACUGCCGCACGCUCGACCUCACCAAGGACCCCGAGCUGCGCAGCGCCAACCUCACGCUGGCCGCCGUGAUCCGCAAGCUGGAGGAGCAGGGCGCCGGGCCGGUGGUGCAGAAGCAAGCCAUCACGCGCGCCGACCUGCGCAAGCUCUACACGUCGAGCGUCUUCAGCAGCAGCACGCCCUUCGGGCUGCUCAACAAGGUCUGGUUCGAGACCUGCAUGUACUUCUGCACGCGCGGCCGCGAGAACCAGCGCGAGCUGGAGGAGGACUCCUUCGGGCUGGCGCUGGACGAGGACGGCCGCAAGUUCGUCUACUUCAAGGCCCUGGGGCCCUACCACAAGUCGCGCUCGGCCUCCUGGAGCAAGAAGCGCGCCGAGGGCGGCCCGGGCGGCGGCGGCGGCGCCGGCGACGAGGACAACCUGCCCCGCAUGUACGAGACGGGCACCGAGUUCUGCCCCUACGCCAGCUUCGUCAAGUACCUGGCCAAGCGCAACCCGCUCUGCAAGGCCUUCUUCCAGCGGCCCCGGGACCACUGCAGCGAGGGCGACGUGACCUGGUACGAGAACAAAGCCAUCGGCAAGAACCUGCUGGGCACCCGCAUGCAGAUGCUCUCCAAGGCGGCCAAGCUCUCCAAGACCUACACCAACCACUGCAUCGGCGCCGUCUCCAUCGCCACGCUCAACAGCAUCGCGGGCAUCGGCACCAAGCUGGGCGCGCCCGCCCCGCCGGGCUGCUGCCCCGCCGAAGCUCCCAACGGGGCCGCCCGGCACCACCCCCAUCACCACCACCACCACCACCACCACCACCCCGCCCUGCCCUCCCACCAGCACCCGCACCCACACCAACACCGCCCCCCGCCGCCGCCUCCCUCGCUGGGCGCCACCUAUCUGCUCCCCAAAGACCGCAGCCCCGGCGGGCCCGACGUGAAGCCCGAGGUCGCGCCCAAGCGCGCCCUGUACGAGUCGGGGGCGUUCGGGCCCGGGGAGCUCUGCGGCCCUUCUUCCCCCAAAAGACGUUGCGUCCGCCCCUCGGAACCCCUGGACGCGGUGGUGGUGGUUUCCGUGAAACACGACCCCCUGCCUCUCCUGCCAGAAGCCAAUGGGCACCGAAGCACCAAUUCUCCCACCAUAGUUUCACCUGCUAUUGUUUCCCCCACCCAGGACAGCCGGCCCAAUAUGUCAAGACCUCUGAUUACUAGAUCUCCUGCAUCUCCACUGAGCAAUCAAGGCAUUCCUACUCCAGCACAGCUCACAAAAUCCAAUGCGCCCGUCCACAUUGAUGUGGGCGGCCACAUGUAUACCAGCAGCCUGGCCACCCUCACCAAAUACCCCGAAUCAAGAAUCGGAAGACUUUUUGAUGGUACAGAACCUAUUGUUUUGGACAGUCUCAAACAACACUAUUUCAUUGACAGAGAUGGACAGAUGUUCAGAUAUAUCUUGAAUUUUCUACGAACAUCAAAACUCCUCAUUCCUGAUGAUUUCAAGGACUACACUUUGUUAUAUGAAGAGGCAAAAUACUUUCAGCUUCAACCUAUGUUGUUGGAGAUGGAAAGAUGGAAGCAGGACAGAGAAACUGGUCGUUUUUCAAGGCCCUGUGAGUGCCUUGUGGUACGUGUGGCCCCAGACCUCGGAGAAAGGAUCACACUCAGCGGCGACAAAUCCUUGAUAGAGGAAGUGUUUCCAGAAAUAGGCGACGUGAUGUGUAACUCCGUCAACGCAGGCUGGAAUCAUGACUCAACGCACGUCAUCAGGUUCCCACUGAACGGCUACUGUCAUCUCAACUCAGUCCAGGUCCUUGAGAGGUUGCAGCAAAGAGGAUUCGAAAUUGUGGGCUCCUGUGGAGGAGGUGUGGACUCCUCUCAGUUCAGCGAAUACAUCCUGCGGCGGGAACUGAGGCGAACACCCCGUGGACCUUCAGUCAUUCGGAUAAAGCAGGAACCUCUGGACUAAAGAAAGGGACAUAUUUCUUAUGCAAAAUAGAAAACAACGGAGAAAAAAAAAAAC